UUGCUCACCACCCACUGACCAGUACCCAGCCAGACUGAGAAGCAGUUGACCCCAUCCAGCCUACUCCCCGCAGUUUCUAUACUGGGCAUGACGUGCUGUGGUAUGGAAUAUCCCUUUGGCUAGUUUGGGUCAGGUGUCCUAUCUCUGCUUCCUCCCAGCUUCUUGUGCCCUUCGUCACUUGCAGAGCAUGAGAGACUGAGAAGUCUUUGGUCAGGGUAAGGAUUACUUAGCAACAACUAAACCAUUGGUGUGUUAUCAGCAUUGUUCUCAGACUAAACCCAAAACACAGCCCUGAGCAUUGGCUGCAGGGAAGAAAACUCCAUCCCAGGAGAAUCCAGGACAACAGAAAAUCCUGCUCGAAGGAAAGAAUACAAGGGAUGAGCUUCUGUGGAAGCUUUCUGAUUUGGAAGAUAGUCUUCAAAACACUGUUCCCUUCUGUCUCCUGUUUCUGUGUAGGCAAUUGGGAGCUUGCAGAGAUGGAAGAGAACCAUUUAAUGGUUCUGGUGAUAACUUCGAAAGUGGCUGUGUUUUACCUCUGACUCAAGCUGUGUUGAUUGGUUAGCUGUCAUGACAUUGAAGAUGGAUAUCCAAGUUCAUUUUAACCACCCAUGAGUUCUUGUUUGGUGCCCUUGCUGAACUUGUAGAUAAUGCCAGAGAUGCAGAUGCCACGAGAAUAGACAUUUAUCCUGAGCAACGGGAUGACCUGCGAGGUGGAUUCAUGCUCUGUUUUUUGGAUGAUGGAACAGGAAUGGAUUCAAAUGAAGCUGCCAGUGUUAUUCAGUUUGGGAAAUCAGCCAAGCGAUCACCUGAGUCAACUCAAAUUGGGCAGUAUGGGAACGGCUUGAAAUCGGGUUCCAUGCGGAUUGGGAAGGAUUUUAUCCUGUUCACAAAGAAAGACAACACCAUGACUUGCCUUCUCUUGUCACGAACAUUCCAUGAGGAAGAAGGCAUUGAUGAGGUCAUUGUCCCCCUGCCUACCUGGAAUGCACGAAGCCGGGAGCCUGUGACUGACAACAUGGAGAAGUUUGCUAUUGAGACAGAGCUAAUUUACAAGUAUUCCCCUUUCAAGUCAGAACAGGAAGUGAUGGAGCAGUUUAAUAAGAUACAUGGUGAGAAAGGCACCCUGGUGAUAAUCUUUAACCUCAAACUAAUGGAUAAUGGAGAGCCAGAGCUGGAUGUGACUUCUGACCCCCGAGACAUUCAGAUGGCAGAAACAUCUCCAGAGGGAACAAAGCCUGAGCGCCGCUCCUUUCGUGCCUAUGCUGCUGUGCUUUAUAUUGAUCCCAGAAUGAGAAUCUUCAUAAAUGGACACAAAGUACAAACAAAACGACUUUCAUGCUGCCUGUACAAGCCCAGGAUGUACAAGUAUACUUCAAACCGUUUCAAGACUCGCGCAGAGCAAGAGGUGAAGAAAGCAGAGCACAUGGCGAGGAUAGCGGAAGAGAAGGCUCGUGAGGCGGAAAGUAAAGCCCGUGCCCUUGAGCUGCGCCUAGGUGGGGACCUCACACGGGAGUCCAGGGUGAUGCUGCGCCAGGUCCAAAACUCGGCAAUAACCAUGCGCCGGGAGGCUGAUGUCAAGAAGAGGAUCAAGGAUGCAAAGCAGCGGGCACUGAAAGAACCCAAAGAGCUGAAUUUUGUCUUUGGUGUGAAUAUCGAGCAGCGCGAGUUGGAUGGCAUGUUCAUUUAUAACUGCAGUCGCCUGAUAAAGAUGUAUGAGAAGGUGGGCCCGCAGCUGGAUGGUGGCAUGGCAUGUGGUGGAGUGGUGGGUGUGGUGGAUGUGCCCUAUUUGGUUUUGGAGCCAACCCAUAAUAAACAGGACUUUGCUGAUGCCAAAGAGUAUCGACACUUGCUGAAGGCCAUGGGGGAUCAUUUGGCUCAGUACUGGAAGGAUGUUGCUAUAGCCCAGAGAGGUAUCAUCAAGUUCUGGGAUGAAUUUGGUUAUUUGUCAGCAAACUGGAACCAGCCUCCAUCUAGUGAACUGCGCUACAAACGCCGGAGAGCCAUGGAGAUCCCUACCACGAUUCAGUGUGAUGUUUGUCUGAAAUGGCGAACACUCCCCUUCCAGCUGAGUUCAGUGGAGAAGAAUUACCCUGAUAGCUGGGUCUGCUCCAUGAACCCUGAUCCUGAACAAGACAGAUGUGAAGCUGCAGAGCAGAAGCAGAAGGUACCAUUGGGAACUCUGAAGAAAGACCUGAAAUCACCAGAAGAGAAGCAGAAGCAACUGGCUGAGAAAAUCCGCCAGGAGCAGGAAAAGCUGGAAGCUCUGCAGAAAACCACUCCAAUUCGAUCUCAAGCUGACUUAAAGAAACUGCCUCUGGAUGUGACCACACGGCCUGCAGGGGAGAACACCCAGUCACUAACCCGACCUCAGCGCCCACGAUCUCCUCCUUUACCUGAUGUAAUCAAGAAUGCUCCCAGCAGACCACCGUCUGAACCUCUGGCCAAGUCCACCAUGCAGCUGAAAAAGAACUCUUCAGCUUGGCCAAAUACCAGCACUCCCAAACUGGCAAGCAUGCUCUCCAGGGAGGAGGCCAGCACUUCCAGGACACACCAGCAUACUCUGACAGCUGGGAAGUCUAACAGCAAUUUAAAAACUCAUGCCAAACCAGGUACAACAACAAAGCCACCUUCUGCUGCCCUGCAGAAUCCCAAAAGCUCACGUGAGACACCCAGUCCCAAAGCUGCCAAGGUGCCAGCAGUAAAGAAAUCUGCCUCUGUCAAAUGCCCACAGGCCUCUACCACUCGGAAGAGAAUCUUGAGCGCCUCAGAGGAUGAGUCUGAGGAGGAGGAGGAGGAGGAGCACAAGAAAGAGAAGACAAAACGGGGCAAAUUUGUGGCUGUGAAAGAAGAGAAGGAUUCCAGUGAGGUGGUGGUAGAGCUUACAGACAGUGCUGGAGAAGAAGACCUGGCAGAGCUGAAGAAAUCUCAGAAAGAUAAAGGGCUGCGUGUAGAAGUGCGUGUGAACAAGGAGUGGUUCACAGGCCGUGUCACAGCUGUGGAGAUGGGCAAGCAUGCAGUACGCUGGAAGGUGAAGUUUGAUUAUGUUCCUACAGACACCACACCAAGGAAUCGCUGGGUAGAGAAGGGCAGUGAGGAUGUGAGGUUGAUGAAGCCUCCCUCUCCCGAGUACCAGGCUCCAGAUACACAGCAGGAAGAGGAGGUCAUUGUGGCAGAACCUUCUACCUCAGACUGUGUCAGAAUUGAGCCAGACACCACCGGUCCCACUAGUAGCCACGAAACAGUAGACUUACUAGUCCAGAUCCUUCGAAAUUGUUUGCGGUACUUCUUACCUCCCAAUUUUCCUAUCUCCAAGAAGGAGCUGAGUUCCAUGAGCUCAGAAGGGUUGUUGGCGUUCCCCUUGAAAGAAUAUUUCAGACAGUAUGAGGUUGGUCUGCAGAACCUGUGCAAUUCAUAUCAGACACGUGCUGAUGCCCGGGCCAAAGCCUGUGAAGAAAACCUCCGCAACUCAGAGAGAAAGCUGAAGGAAACAGAGGAGAAACUGCAGAAGCUGAGGACUAACAUCGUGGCCCUUCUGCAGAAAGUGCAGGAGGACAUUGAUAUUAAUACAGAUGAUGAACUGGAUGCAUAUAUCGAGGACUUGAUUACAAAAGGAGAUUAAGAAGCCCAGUACAAGUCCUAGAGAAGUGCAGAGGAGCUGAUUGCUGCAAUGGGAUUCCUGCAGUGGAGGACUAUAGUAGCUGAUGAGGAGAGAGGGCUUUUAGACAGUACCUGUGUUGGUGUGCAACUUGUGACUUGACACAAAAAAGACAUUUGUGCUGUUGGCAGGCAGAUUUUUGACAUCGUAGUUCUCUGGAUCUCUUCCUUUGCUUAUAAAUAUUUAUUUUUAAAAGAAAUAGGAACUGUGCCUGUUAUAAUGGGACGGUUGCUGUGUGGUAUUUUAGCAAGGUAAAAGCAUGAGUACCCUUUUGCAUCUGAGGUAUAUUCAUAUGCUAUACCUGGAAGACCAGAGCAUCCUGCCUAGCAAGGCAAUUUAGAAUCUGGCAGCAACUUAAAAAUAAGACCUGGGUUAUGGAAAAGGAGGCCAGGACUUGGACUUCAGAGAUGCUGAACUUGGACUAGAGGAAGUCAGAUCAGUAAUUUGAGCUACAUGGAGGAGGUCGAAGUACAGUCCCUGUGUGAACAUGAGUGGACGGAAUAAAAUCCCAGUGGUUCUGAAGGGGUUAGGAGUAGGGGAUUAGCACUUGUCAGUGCCAUGAAAUUCCCAAAUAUAAGUUCUCCAUAAGCAGGUGGAAUUGUCACCAGUCAGAGGAUGAGGAGCCUUUUAUAAGAGGAUGGCCUCCUAAGCUGCUCACAGCGGGUUGUGAUCAUCAAAAGGAGAAGGCUGGAGUUCACAUUCUUUUCUAGCAGUCAGCUUAUUGCACACUUCCUGCUGCUGUUUCUCUGAGGUGUAAUUGCCGUGGCAGAAGAGCUCCUCAACCAGCUGAAAAUAGAGUGACCUUCUAUUCUGUUGUCACUCCCUCAGGUGUGUGUUGCUUUGAUCAACUUGCUCUUCCAGGUAAUUUUAUUGGGAGUGUUGGAAUGUGGUGCCUGUGGAGGCCUGCACCACUAAGUCCCAUGUGGCUCUGGGUCAGCAGCCAAGGCAAUGCCUUUCCCUUGUUAUCCCAGCUGAAGGCUACACUACAGCUCCAAGCAGAUCAUGUGUGGUGACCAUGGUGACCCAGUUUGAGUUCACUGCCUGGCCAACUGCUCAGCUUGGCCAGGGCAAGAAGUCCAUGAUGUUGGUGCUCAGAAAACUGAAAUCCCUAGAACUUGGCAGUUUGAAGAAAGAGUGUGACCAAGAGGUGCCCACCUUCAGGAACAUCAGAUGAAAGGGACCAUUGGGGUUCUUUUGACGGCUGAAUGUGUAAUAGAUGUUUUGCAAUAAAAAAAGUCCAA